AUGCAAUGCGGCAAAACCCUGGACAAUCGGAGCUGCUUGCCGAAAUAUUGCCUUGCCUGCUUUCAGCGCAACCUGGAUGAGCGCCUUGCGGCAGAGCCAGCUCUGACCCUGAGCGAGCCAGCUACGCCAGGAACUUUGCAAGCUGAAGCUGACUUGCCAAUGCGUGACUCUGAGCCUGAAUGUGGAUGGCCGAGAAGAAAGCGGGAAUCGGAGCAGUGCUGGUAUGCCCGGGUGCAGGCACACUUGGAUGGCCCGGACAAAAGAAAAAAACAAAAAACCUACAUGUCCACGUGGCGGUCGAGCAUGACUGAAGCGGACCGCCGUGCGUGGAAAGAUGGAAUUCAGAAAAGAGUUUCGGCAGAAGGGCCGGUGGUAGAGCCGGCGGAAGAGCCGGGCACAGAAGAGUUGGACCGCGGGCAAGUGGCAGAAAGUAGGCAGCAGGAGCCCGUGAAGGUGAAGGAGACUUCUCCAGUUUUGCUUGAGAAGAUUUGUGAACUUUUGCAGGAGUUCACAGCGCUUUCUGCAACGCACAGUGACCGACUGCAGCACGUGGAAGGGCGAUACCGGAUGUACCGCCAGCUGGUGUCCUGGUUGCUUGAUGGCUUGUUCCCCAGUUGCAAUGCUUUGGCCAACGAUGAGAGGCUGGCAGCCUUGCACAUUGAGAGGAAGAAGCUUGGCAUGCUGCACCAAGUCGUUGUUGCAGGGGGUGUUCUGCCUGAAGAAGCUCCUCCAGCUUUCCGAACAGGUCGUGCUCAGGACGUGCAGUUGUCAGAGCAACAGAAGGAGGAGCUCUUUCUUUACAUCACAUAUCACGGCCAAUGUUCCAUGCCAUUGUCUGUGCUGCAAUGCAAGCAUGCCCAGCUCUGGGCGGCCUUCAAGGCUGCUUGGGCACACAAGCAACAGCCGCUCACAUUGUUUGUGGCGUUACGGGCUGCGUCAGAAGUUUGUGACUCAUCACUGCAGCCUGGUGUGGUCCGGGCAAGCUGGGCCCAGAUUGGAAUCCGUGUUGGGGAGGGCUAUGAUCGGGAGGUUAUUUUCGUUCAGCGUCAUAAGGACAUCUUCAAGAGCUUGAGGGAUGGAAAGGGCACGGCUGCAUCGUCCUCCGCUUCAUCUGCUUUGGAGAUAUGUUCAAGAAUGUCGCCGCAGAAGAACAAACAUUCAUGCGGACAGCUGGUGGGCGUUGAUUGCAAAUUUUGCCCGCACUGCGGCGGAGAAAGCAGCAAGUUUGACAGCAGUAAGGCUGCCUUGUUUCAGACCGGACAUCGUAAGGGAUGGGAAAAGAAGGAGGCGCCAGCUGAUGUCAAAGAUGUCACUCCUGUGGAGGCACCUCUUCUGGCUCAGCUGGAUGAUUUGAUGGCGACCCUUCGGAAGAAAAAGAAAGAGCCUGAAAGUGCCGAAGCACCUGCGCCUGCGGCAGAAACACCUGUGGCCCAGCCUGUGGCAGUUGCAGAAGGUCAAUGUGAAGAAAAAGGCGAUGCACCCCCGCCAAGUGAGUUCGACUGCUUGUCAGACGAAGAGCAUGACCUGGCCACAGACAUUGGCUGUAGAAACUUCAUCCUGAGCCACUUUAGCAAAAAGAGACGUAAGGACAUUGUCAAAGUGGCCGAGUUCUAUGUGGGACACCUCAAGGCUCAAGCUUCGAAGAAGCACACCUUGUGGGAAAUAUUCAAUAUGAACGUGAUCCAAAAGAACAUGCUGAAGUCGACAGCUGGCAGGAAUGCUUGGCUGUCGGCUUGGCAGGCCAACAGGGCCAAGCGGUUCCAGAAGGUUCACAAGAAGUGA